GUCAUUCUGAUAUCUUGAAAAGUUGAGAACUCGGUUAUGUUUGUCCACAUGUGUACAUUAAUGGUACAUUAGUUGUGUAUGUUUGACUCAAAAGCAUUUUACGCGGUUUUGAUUAAAAACCCCGUUAUUUUUUAAAGCAAAUACAAAAAAUACGUUCUUAGCGUACGUGUAUAAACAUCAUGUCGUUCAGAGGCGGUGGUAGAGGUUUUGGAGGAGGACGCGGCGGCGGAAGAGGAGGAGGCCGUGGAUUUGGCGGUCGAGGAGGCGGAGGUGGACGAAAUUUCGACCAGGGACCUCCAGAGCAAGUAAUUCCUUUGGGCUAUUACGACUAUACAGUGCAAGACGAUUUAGUGUGCAAAGUAGAAAUACCCGAUGUGCCGUUCUUCAAUGCCCCCAUCUACUUGGAAAAUAAGGAACAGAUCGGAAAAAUCGAUGAAAUCUUUGGCAAUAUCAGAGACUACUCGGUUACCAUUCGAUUAGGGGACAACAUGGGAGCUAACAGUUUCAAGAAAAACCAAAAGCUAUUCAUCGAUCCUGCGAAACUACUCCCCAUACAAAGGUUCCUUCCAAAACCGCCAGGUUCAGUUCAGAAAAGACCUGGCCGAGGUGGUAGAGGCGGAGGCCGUGGAGGCCCGGGGGGUGGCCGAGGCUUUGGCGGCAGAGGAGGAGGAGGCUUUGGGGGCAGAGGUGGGCGAGGCGGCGGAGGCCGAGGAGGAGGCUUCAGAAACGGCGAAGGUGGCGGACAGGGAAGAGGAGGAUUUAACCGAAACUCUGGCGGCGGCGGCGGCGGUGGUUUUGGCAGAGGAGGUGGUGGUGGCGGUUUUAGAAGCAGUGGUGGUGGCGGCGGCGGAGGAGGUGGUUUUAAAAAGUGGUAGACUUGAGCAAAUAACUAAACUGUAAUAUAACUUAAGUUAAAUAAAUAGAUAAGUUUUAUAUUAAA